GGAAACCAAACAACAAAUAAGAGAACACAACCCCAAAAUUAUGAACACAGAAUGGGAAAUGGAUUUGGGUCGAAAGCAAACUUUUUUCAAAUGCACCAAGUGGCAAUUCGAAGACACACUUGAUCCUAUCAACUGCCCUUUCCACUACUUUUGCGACAGCCUCUACGCCGGCGACUACCCUCAAAUCAUUGAUGUUCUAGUUUUCUUCUUCGUCACGGUUUCUUACUUGACGGCGCUAAUAGCUAUGUUAAGGAAGGUACUAUCAAGAAGAAGCAGAAGAGAAGAUGGUGAUUAUGAUGGUGUUGAUGAUGAUGAUGAUAAAGCAAAAAGGUACUUAGUUCCUUCUGGUCCAAUCUCUUUCCCUUUGAUCAUCUUGAUCCUUGCAAAAGGUCAAAGGAUCAAUACCCUUUUCCCAAUUUCCAUCUUCGGACCUGAAAUCCUGCAGCUCGUUCAACUCUCAGUGCUUAUAUUCGAGAACAACAUCGAAAAAGAAGCAAGCUUUGUCUUCUUUGAAGCCUCUACUGUCUCUGGAAUUAUCCACGCCAGCCUUUACUUAGACGCUGUGAUUCUUCCCUACUAUACAGGAUACGAUGCUCUGGUCACUUCUACGUUCUCUGGAGUUUGCAAGUCUUGUGUCUGCAAGAAAGAGCCAUUGAUAGUGGGAGGGAAGAUUGUGGCUUACCGGGGAUGGUCUAGUACAACGUUCUUGGUUGUGGGUGUUCUGUGUUUGAGGAUUAUAUGCAAGUUAUGCAGAGAAGAAGCAAAGAGGAAAAAAGUUACGGUGAUUAAAAUGGCAGUGGAAGGAUUGGCAUGGGUUGUUCUUAUACGAGAUUGUGUGUAUUUGGCUGUUAUGUCACCUGUUGAAGAGCCCGUAUUGUUUAUAGCUUUUGUGUAUGGUUCUGUUCUUGUGUUGAUAUGCGUUUAUGUAAUCACACAAGUUUGUUGUUUGGUCAGUCGGAGGUCGACUAAGAAGACAUCAGACACGUGACAUUUCUAAAUAAAAGGAUAGGUGUUCAAUCCGGAUUACAUACAAAA